UUCCCAUACACCACCCAUCCACCCUCAAAUCGCAUCCAACACACCUAAAACAUUCAUCUCUUGGUGAUGGCAGCAUUAAGUUCCAUUUGCAUUGCUUAGCAUAAGAGGUUAAGGAUUUAAGGCUUGUGCGCUGGCAAAACGCAAUAAAUCUUCAGGACUAUGGAACGACGCGGUCGCAUCCCGGUGGCCAAGUUCCGCACCCAGGAGGCCAAGACACGCAGUAGGAGUCGCGUCAGGGAGCCGGACUACAACGAGCAGGACCCAGAGCACGAUAUGUUUACCUUGCUGGAGGAUAACAUUGCCCUCCGGGAGGAGAACAAGGCUCUUAAGCUGGAAAUCGAGACCCAUAAAACCACACAAGAAGAGCAGCAGGCUCAGCACGAGAAGAUGUGCGCUGCACUGGAAUCCCUGCAGCAGCAGCAGACCAACUUCGAGACCCAAAUUAAGGAGCUGAGCUCCAAGUUCAACAAGGCUCUCAACGAGCGAAACGCUUUAGACAAGUUGCACAAAAUGAAGGUCGAUCAAAUUCACAAUCUCACCAGCGAGCUGGAGCAUAUUCGCGAGAAGCAGCAGGAUCCGGCACCUCCAAUAGCUCCUCGUUCGGUGCUCGGUUCCGUUGAACUUAAGCGAAAGCUCUUCAAGAUCCUGCAGUCGGGCAGUGCAGACAGUGCUGACAGUAUCGGAACUCAGGAGUUGGACAGUCUGGUUGAUGCCAAUUCGGAAGGGGUGCCCAUUACCAGCGGUCUGGUGGAGCGUCUGGCCGAUGAGUUUUUGACUCUCAAAAAUUCCACCAAUUCGGUGGAGCUGCAGUUGUACGAGGCCAACGAAAAGAUGGCCGAGCUAUUAGAGCAGCAACACGCCAUGGAGGAGGAAAAUGAAGCGCUGCGUACGGAAAACAGCAACUUGACCAAAGUGGCCAAGUUGUUGACCGAAAACAUGAAGGAGAGCGUGGAAACUAGCCAAAAAAUGGAAGCCGCUCUUAUCAAGUUGAAGCAGCGCAAUGAUGAGCUCACUGCGAAGACUCGAGAUCUGACCGAUGGCCAGCCAGGAUCCAGGACCAGUACGUCGUCCAGCGUGCUGAACGAGCAGGUGGAGUUCGAGCAGAUCCAGGACCAGGUGCAGCAGCAGGCCAGGGAGCACAACGAGCGCAUUGUGGAAAUGCAAAAUCUAAUGGAUGCGGCUAUAGCCAAAACUACUAACGAUGAACUAAAAAAAUUACAACUUAAGUUGGAGAUACUCGAGGAGCAGUUGCGCGAGGCAGUCACGCGUGCUGAUCGUGCCGAGGAGCAACUGGCGCACUACCAGCAGUCUGAGCAAAAGUCGCUGGCCGCUCCGCCACCGCCGCCUCCUCCACCACCGCCCCCUCCUCCAAUGGCAGGAAAGCUUUUUCCGCCCGGGGGAUUUGUGGCAGCUGGCGGUGGCAGCCUGAGUGACCAUAUUGCCGGACAUAGCUUGCGCAAGGGCAGCGGCGACAAAAUCAUCGAGAAUGUGAAACAUCAGGUACAGGCCGAGGCUGCAACAGGUCUUGACGCUCUGAUGCGUGAGUUUAAGUCGGGAGGCGUGACCCUGCGAAGACGCAAUCGCCGCAAGACGGGCACCAGCGAGGCUCUCAAGGAGAUGUUCCAAGUACUAGAGAUAAGUCAAAAGCAAAAUCGCAACUCUAAAAUAUGCGUGGACCUGCACUCGUCCCGUGGAGUUGAUGUUUGAUCCUGUUCCCGACACCUUUCUCGCCCACUCUCUUCCACCUUGGUCUCAAAUCUCAGGACCCCGCUGUCCCUGAACAACGAACAUUCCGUGCAUUUUCAAACCGUAUUAUUGUGUGCCUUUUCAAGGAUGAAACUGAAGCCAUUUUAAAAUUUACUAAACUUAAGCCCCAACUCCAGGAUGGAUUUUCUCUAUACAAAUCUGAUACCUUAUAUAUUAUCUACUUGACAAUAUUUAUUUAUAACCAACUUUUAACCGGCCUGGUUUAUGUGUUCAUUUUGACAGGUUUCGUGUUUUACUAAUCAAAAAAACCGCAAACAAAAAAUUUAAUAAACUUUUUUAACCAAAAAAA